GUAAUUCAGGGGUCUAUGUGUAACUAUUAGCGGUUCGGAGCUAACAGAAGCUUGAAACACUUGUGAGGGUGAGGGGCUCAUCAUCGAAAUCGUGUAAGCGAAAUGGCCGCCAUUUUAGCUCGCAAAUCGAUCUCUGCUAUUCGCAAUCGACAACUUGUUUUGGCAGGACAAGUGUUGCAGGGUUCUAACAAUGGGACAGUUUCUGGUGCACGCUCGUUUGCGACCAAACACUCGUUCUCAACUGAUAAAGAUGAUGAGGAGAGAGAACAGCUUGCUAAGGAGAUCUCAAAAGACUGGAGUUCUGUCUUUGAGCGGAGCAUCAAUACAUUAUUUCUUACUGAAUUGGUUCGAGGUCUGUCUCUGACACUCAAAUACUUCUUUGAGCCAAAAGUUACAAUUAAUUAUCCAUUUGAGAAGGGUCCUUUGAGCCCUCGAUUUCGAGGUGAACAUGCUCUCAGACGUUAUCCAACUGGAGAAGAACGUUGUAUUGCCUGUAAACUUUGUGAAGCUAUAUGCCCUGCUCAAGCUAUCACUAUAGAGGCAGAGGAACGAGAAGAUGGCAGCCGUAGAACAACAAGGUAUGACAUUGAUAUGACAAAGUGCAUAUACUGUGGAUUCUGCCAAGAAGCAUGCCCUGUUGAUGCAAUUGUCGAAGGCCCCAACUUUGAGUUUGCUACCGAAACCCACGAGGAACUUCUGUAUGAUAAGGAGAAGCUUCUUGAGAAUGGUGAUCGAUGGGAAACCGAGAUUGCUGAGAAUCUUAGAUCCGAGAGCCUUUAUCGAUAAUUUGGUUCUCUGGUCGUAUCCUCCAGUCUUUUGUGACAAUGAGAUAAAUAAACUGGCGGUUUUUCGUCGUGAACCAUAUGCAACUGUUUUUUGUACCAAUUAUUUGAUGAAAUUUUAUGUCCUGUCUUUAAACUGAGACAGACCUAACAUCUUGAAUUUGUUUACUUUUUAUGACAUGUUGAUUUGGUUUCUGGAUUUUGUUGUUCAUGUGGAAGUAGACCACCAUAUAUACCGUAUAUCAAGUCAAUUCUGGAAUUUCACAUUUAUUUUUA